CAUAAAGGAAACUCUCGCAGCACGAUGAAAGCCUUUUUUAAUAUUUUCCUGGUGCUCCUAGUAAUAGUAGCCACUGUGAUACCAUUGGGAACAUGUAAACCUAGGACGAUUGAACGUGUCACAAACCAGGUCAUUGAACAUACGACUGAAGAACAUACAACUGCAUUCAUAAAUAUAGAAAGUACCACCGUCAUCCCUCAUCACCGCAACAUCAUAAAGGCUCCUGCGAGAAAUGCGAAACUUGGUUGUCCUUCAGGCGAGAAGCUGGAUCCUCGUGGAAUGUGUCGUAAAGUGUUGUAAUGACAAUGAUUACGUCCAGGUAAUUAUAACUAACUUAAUAUUUCAAAAUUUAUUCUUAAUUGUAAUAAAGCAUAAGACUAUAUAUUAACAAGAAUCUUAUGGAUUAUGUUAUAAGAUGUUGUAAUAAUGGUGAUUACAUCUAGUUAAUUAUAACUAACUUAACGCUUUUAA